AUGCAAGAGGAUCGACGGCGCCGUGACAUUACCACGUCCGCCGACGGCGUCACCGAAUACAGGGCCUCGCCGAAAACCUCGCGCUGCGCGCGCCUGAGGUCAGCCAUGCCCGCCGGGAAGCGCGCAUCAAGGGCCGCGCCCGUGAGGCGGCUCGGGGCGCAGCCCACGUCCUCCGCGAACAUGGCAGAGCACGCGCUCCAGGCGCCGAUGCUGACGUGGCCCUGGGCGUCGAAGUACGCGUUCUUCGUGUCGGGCCACCUGGCGCUCGGCGCCGCCAUCAGCAUUGCAGAAAUCGAGAACCAGCUGACCCCGUAG